GCGGCGAAGCUGGAGGCGCAGCUGGCCAGCGUGCGGGCGCAGCUGCUGGCGAUGGAGGACGAGGCUCCCCGGCCGAUCGGCUGGCGACGGGAGGGCGCCGGCCACGCGCGGGUGAUCGGGGUCCCUCGUGAUCGCCACGAGGGCAAGGGG